CCGAUAGGUGGAGCUGCAUGUUUAUCUUAAGCGAGUUAGAAAGUCGCCCUCUGCUCCUGUAAGUUACAUCCGCCCCGCAGGAACUGCCACGCCACAAUUCCUGUUGACUGCUCUGCAAGUCAAGUUCUGAUAAGAUGGAACAGAAGUUGGCCGAGUUCAGGGCUCGGAAGAGAGCCAUGGAUGCUAAGGACUGCGAAGCGACUGGAAAUCCGUCAAAAGCACAACCAGAAUUGAGUCCUAAGUCGCACGGCCAUGUACCCCCAACGAACAAAAUGGACAAACUGGAUGGACCAAUGAAAACUGAGAGCUCUCCGGUGAUCGAAACAACGAAAAGUCAUCGGGUCAUUCCGUCAUGUAUUAUGGACAGUGCUGUGGGUCGCUGGCUGGGAAAGACGAACGUCACCCUGCUUAAGGUGUUGCUGUGGCUGGUUCUGCUCGGUCUGUUCACUGAACUGGGCUUUGGGCUACCCUUUUUCCUCAUUUCCCUUUUCUACUGGCUCUACGAGGGUCUGCGAAAGCCCGCAGAAAGACAGCCCGGCGAGCUCAGCGCCUACUCCGUCUUUAACCCAGACUGCCAGCCUCUCCUCGGGACGCUCACGGCAGAGCAGCUGGAGGGAGAGAUGGGCUAUAGGCCGCUGGUUAACAGAUAGCCCAAUGAAAACCAGAGCCUUGGACUAUAGGACAGGAGAAAAAGGACGUCAUUCUGAAAAUGGAGUCACUCUGCUUUACCAUGCUCACGCCAAGAGAUGGCGUGAUGUUGUAUGGACUGCCUAUUAACUGUUCCUGGUUUGAUCAAGCUGCCUAAACUGGGCUUUGAUUGAUGCGUCAGGAGACCCAAUACUGCAUCGCUAUUCUUUGGUGGUUGUUAAAACUGAUACAGAAAUCUUCUAAGACAGGCUAUGUCCUCCAUAUUUAAUAUAUUUUGGAACUUUGCCGAUGGCAUCAUCUUCAAGUGAAAGAUGAUGUUGGUGCAAAUUGAAAUGAAGUAGGUUGCAUGUCAAAAUCCAUGUUUCUGUGAUGCCAUAGUUUGUUUUGUGCUGAUGGGAAUGGGAUUAAGCUGUAGGAAGGCCACACAGGAGCACCUGUAGAAUUCUCAGAGGGCUGCACCUGCACAGCAGACUGUAAAUGGAUGAUAAAACAGACUUCCAUCAAGAUGUAAUUAAAUGCUCUCCAGAACUGUGAAUAUGUGUUGUGUUAAUCUUGAAAGGAACAAACCAUAUUCUGUACAGCCCAGCCAGCACCAGAGAUUAAUAAAGUGCAAAUGCAUGUGGGCUGCUAUCUGAGCUAUCGGACAGUAGGGUAGUGUGUUGUCAUGAGUGGGUCUUGCUCAGAAAAAUCUCAUUGAUUUAGGUCAUUUUAAGUUGCUAUGGCCGCUUGUGCAUGGGACAAAUGUAGACUUUGGGGCCUGUACAGUUUAUGGUGAACGAUGAACGGUGUAUGAUAGGAAUGGGGUGAAUUCUGAAUCUGGGAUAAACUUUGAAGCUUUACUAGUAUUAUUUAUUCAUUAGAAUUAACAACUGUAAUGCACUUAUGAAAGAAAACAUUAAUAAGUAAGUCAACACGUUGGAUAUGUUUUGUAAAUGUUCAAUAAACUUAAACAGAUCUUUUUGAACCUCAA